AUGGUGCUAGAUCGUUUGAAGCAGCUAUCCCUUCAUGUGGAUGGGACAUCUCCGACCCCUCAUCCCUUUGAUCCUCUCACCACAGCGGAAAUAGAUGCCGCUGUGGCCAUUAUCCGUGCAGAACAUGGCUCAGUUCGAUUCAAUGCAGUCACGCUGUGGGAGCCGCGAAAGUCGGAAAUGAUGGCCUGGCUGGCAAAUCCGCACAAUGCUCCCAGGCCUCAUCGAGUGGCUGAUGCAGUGGUCAUUGUGCCCGGUGGCAAGGUCUACGACGGCGUAGUUGAUUUGACGGAGAAGAAAAUUGUUGAAUGGAAGCACACGCCGGGCGUGCAACCAUUGAUCACGAUGGAGGACCUGCAGUCGGUCGAGACCUUGAUGAGAAAGGAUCCCAAGAUUAUCGAACAAUGCGAGAUUAUUGGGAUUCCGAAAAGCGACAUGGACAAAGUCUAUUGCGAUCCUUGGACAAUUGGAUACGACGAACGGUUUGGAAAUGGCGUCCGUUUGCAGCAAGCCCUUAUGUAUUACCGGCCCACUAUCGAUGAUUGCCAAUAUGCUUUCCCACUGGACUUUUGCCCCAUCUUCAACGCCGAAACCAAGGAAUUCAUCCAUAUUGAUGUCCCACCAGUUCGCAGACCGAUCAGCAAAGCGGCUCCCAUUAACUAUCAUGUCGAUGCAAUUGAAAAGGAAGGCGGUUUCCGUAAUGACAUCGCUACAAUCAACAUUACUCAGCCUGAUGGUGUUUCUUUCAAAGUCAACGGCAAGCACAUCGAGUGGCAGAACUGGAACAUUCACGUUGGCUUCAACUACCGGGAGGGUAUCGUGCUGAAUAAUAUCACAUACAACGAUAAAGGCACAGUGCGCCCAGUCUUUUACCGCCUUUCUCUGGCCGAGAUGGUUGUUCCCUACGGAAACCCAGAACACCCACAUCAGCGCAAACAUGCUUUCGACUUGGGUGAAUAUGGUGGCGGAUAUAUGACGAAUAGCUUGACGCUUGGCUGUGACUGUAAAGGUGCUAUCCAUUAUAUGGAUGCGGCUUUCGUCAACGCUGCUGGUGCAAGCACUAUUGUCAAGAAUGCUAUUUGUAUCCACGAAGAAGAUGCCGGAAUUUUGUUCAAACAUACCGAUUUCCGUGACGAUUCAGUUAUUGUGACUCGUGGCCGCAAACUCAUUAUUUCGCAUAUUUUCACCGCGGCAAACUACGAGUACUGCGUCUACUGGAUCUUCCACCAGGACGGCACUGUGCAGCUUGAUAUUAAACUGACCGGUAUUCUCAAUACUUAUGCCAUGAACCCCGGUGAAGAUACAUAUGGUUGGGGAACUGAAGUGUAUCCUGGUGUCAACGCUCACAAUCAUCAGCAUCUAUUCUGCCUUCGUGUCGACCCCAACAUCGACGGAUCGAAUAACACCGUCUUUCAAGUUGAUGCUGUUCGAGGGCCUGGUGAAGUCGGCAGCGCAGAGAACAAGCAUGGUAAUGCCUUCUAUGCCAAGAAAACUAAAUUUAGUACCCCCAAGGAAGCCAUGUCAGACUAUGAUGGCUCUACUAGCCGUACAUGGGAAAUGGCGAAUACAAACAAAUUGAACCGUUAUAGCAAGAAGCCUGUCAGCUAUAAGCUGGUGAGCAGAGAGGUCCCAUCGUUGCUGCCCAGGGAAGGCGGUUUGGUUUGGAAGCGAGCUGGAUUUGCAAGACAUGCAGUCCACGUAACUAAAUAUUCCGAUGAGCAAAUUCACCCGGCCGGCCGUCACGUUCCCCAAACGUCUGGCGAACCUUCCCAUGGCCUGCCAAUGUGGAUCUCGGAAACCGAGAACGAAUCCAUCGAAAACACCGAUGUUGUGCUCUGGCACACUUUUGGCAUCACUCACUUCCCAUCUCCCGAGGACUUCCCCAUCAUGCCCGCUGAGCCGAUGACUUUGUUGCUCCGCCCUAGGAACUUCUUUGAUAGAAACCCUGUCCUUGAUGUUCCUCCAAGCUAUGCGAGGACGCCGAGCCAAGUGCUCAAGGGAAUAAAUGGUUGCGGGGGGAAGUGUGGAGAUGGUUCAAGCCGAACGGUGUAA